AUGCCCACGCUGUUUGCGCAGUUCUACGCGGCGGCGCACACGGACCUGCUCGUGUGGGGCAGCCUCAGCUGCUGCUGCUCCAUUUUGCUGCUGGUGACCUACUACAUCCUCCCCGACGUGCGGCGAACGCCUGGCUGGCAGUUUUUGUACUCGUCGCUGUACGACCUCUACGCGUCGGCGGGAUUCGUCGCGAUUGCGCUGCUCGGAUCGCCGUCGGCGAGCGACGCGGCGAUCCACCUCCCGCUGCCGCCGGGGCUGCUGCCGGCGGGCGUCGCGGAGGACGACCCGGACGUUGUCGAGCACGCCAUCUGCGCUGCCUACCUCCCGCUCUUCGUAUCGUUCCUGGCGGCCGACAUGGGCGCCAACUGCUGGCGGCUGCUCAUGUACGUCGACCUGAUCGUGGUGUACCACAACCCCUUCCGCACCACCACCGGCCGGCCGCUCUACCACAUUGCCGUGCUGCUGGCUGCGGCGCUGUGGGCGCUCGCCCUCUCCGACACGAGCGUGCUCUGCACCUCUAGCGACGGCUCCGGCUCGCUCAACCUGCAGACCCUCACGGUGAGCCUCGUGUACGCGCCCUUCUGCCUCUUCGUCUUCGGGGGCGGGACCCUCUACUCCGUCGUCGCGUGGCUCCUCUCGCACGACAAGGCGCCUGCACAGCCGCCUCGUAUCCGCCCUUGCGGGCGGCGGUGGGCGGAGAGCCGCCCGAUCUCGCUGCUCGCGCGGCAGCGAGUGAUGGAGCACUGCCUGCUCUACCUGCUGCUGUACGGCGCGCUGCUCGGCGCGCUGACCGCCUCGUACGCCAACUUCCGCCUCUUCACCGAGGCGGGCUUCAAGGAGGAGCUCCGCUAUGAGCUCGUCCUCGACGCUUCUGACGGCAGUGCCCAAGCCGGGGGUGGGCCCGUCUCGCCCGAGCGAGCGGCGGAGGUGCCGCUGUCUCACGCGGCGCUGCAGCAGACGCCGCGCCGCACCCUCGCCUUCUCGCACAGCCUCAACCCUCGCGUGCAGCACUACGCCAUCGCGCACUUCCGCGCCAUCCGCGCCGCCUUCGGCAUCAGCCCGAAGGCGUUCGCCGCCGCCUUCGCGAGCUUGCUGCCCGAGCUGCAGCACCCGUCGCGCCGCUCCUACCGGCUGCUCGGCGAGUCCGUCUCGGAGGGCGCCUCGGGCUCCUUCUUCUACUGGGUCAAGCACACCGACGGGCGCGACACGGGCUACAUCGUCAAGCAGGUGACGCGGCGCGAGAAGGACGCGCUCAUGCACAUCCUACCGGCGUACAAGCAACACGUGCAGGCGCGCGGCGGCGCCUCGCUGCUGCGCUACCUCUCCUGCCACUCGAUGCGGCUGCGCUGGCCGUGGGCGGGCAAGGUCUAUUUCGUGGUGAUGCGCAACUUCUUCCCCGCAAAGCCGCAGCUCUCAUUCGACCUCAAGGGGGCCACCGCCAACCGGCGCGCCCUCAAGGCGUGGCAGCUGCACCAGACCAACACCGUCUCCAACAUCUACAACACGCUGCGCGACUGGGAGUGGAUGGACAUCGGCAUGGCUACGGACCUCGAGCCCGCAGACCGCGACGAGCUCUGGUCGAUCAUCUCGGCAGACACGGCGCUGCUCCGCCGGCUCAGCCUGCUCGACUACUCCCUCCUCCUCGGCAUCUACCGCCCGCCACCGACGAUGCUCCCGCAGCAAAACGGCGGCACCGCCUUCAUCUCGCGCGACCGGCAGAAGGUCUACUUCUUCGGCAUCAUCGACGUGCUCGAGCACUUCUCCUUGCGCUGGCGGCUGCAGCGCAUCGUGCUCCGCGCGUUGCAUGCCGACUCGGACGGCAUCUCGGCGAUGCCGCCGCCGCUCUACGCGGACCGCUUCCAGACUUUCGUCGCGAAUGAGGUGCUCCACUUGCGCGACCCGCCGCAGAUGGCGCCCGUCGACGAGGAGUGGCGCGAGGGCGGCUGGGAGCACAUCCAGAUCCUCGAGGGCGAGCUUGGGGGCGCGAGACGGCGCGAGGGCGGCUUGCCCGACGCCGUGUAG